AGGUCCACGUGGGUUUCGUAAGGAGUGAAUUUGGCAGCGGCUGCGGCUGCAGUCAGUGAGAUUGUCGCUUCCGGACAUCGCGGGGUCUCGGUGGCUAGGACGUCGCCAUGCCUAAAGGACUGAAAGGAAAAAUGAUAGGACGGGAAAAAAAAGUCAUCCAUCCGUACAGUAGAAAAGCAGCUCAGAUGACAAGAGAUUCUCACAAACAAGACAAGAAGGAGAGAUUGAAGACUGAGAGGGCCUUGCGUCUCAAUCUUAUUGGUGACAAACUUCAGUGGUUUCACAGUCAUCUGGACACAGGAAAAAGCAGAUACUCAAAGAAAGAUGCCUGCGAGUUAAUUGAAAGGUAUUUGAAUCGGUUCAGUAGUGAGCUGGAGCAGAUUGAGUUACACAACAGCAUCAAGGGCAGGCAGGGACGGCGCCACCAUUCCCGGGAGGCCGUCAUCAGGCAGACCAUGCAGCGCGAGCGGCAGCAGUAUGACGGCUACGGCUUCGAGAUCCCAGACAUUUUAGACUCUAAUAGUCUGCAGACUUUCCGGGAAUGGGAUUUUGAUCUGAAGAAACUGCCAAACAUCAAAAUGAGGAAGCUUCGUGCUAAUGAUGCAAUUCCUAAGAAGCGCAGACCGAAGAAUAUCUUAAACAUAGAAGAGGAUUUAGGAGAAUUAGAACUAACAGGGGAAACUGGAGAGUCUAAAGACGGGAAACUGGAACCAGCAAGUGAAGCAAGUGACACAGAUGAAGAAAUGACUCCAGUGCCUGUUUGACCUUCUAG